AGUGGACAGACGAGAGGCCUUGCUCCCUCCUCCAUGUACAACUACUGGAACAAGGCAGCCUGUGUCAUCGACGACGAGUGUCGUCAGGAAAACUCGACGUGCUUUAUGAACAGGUGCCGCUGUCGUCCAGGGUUCUUCUCAACACUUGACUACACGUGCUCUGCCACUUGUAGCCUAGCUGACCUGCAUACCACCUUCAUGGAGUACCCUGACAGCGGAAUAAGGGGACACAAUACCGAGGAGCGGGUCGGAGUCAGUUUGCAGACGUGCAGCAGCCUGUGUGUCCGCACCAGAGUUUGUUUGUCCUUUGACUUCAGAGUCACAGGAGGGCGCUGUCUGCUUCAUGAGGUCACCUCUCUCCAGGCUCAGUCACAGUGGUAUCCUCAGACCAGUCGAGGCUGGACCCACUACCAGAGAACCUGCCUGCAGUUUCCCACCUUAUAUCCUGGACCUCAGUGGUACAACACACCCUGCAACAUCAACACGGUUUGCCCUGAACCUAACAGUCAGUGUAUGUCGGGUAGAUGUUUGUGCAAAUCUCCCUUCAUUUUAUCCGAAACUGAUGCCACGUGUCGAAUUCCUGAGUCAUGUCGAGACUUGCAGUCAGUAGGAGCCAGGUCAGGUGUCUACUCUAUUCAACUGGCAGAAAAAAGAGAGUUACUGAGAGUCUGGUGUGACAUGGACUCUAGUGAUGGCGGCUGGCUGGUGAUCCAGAGACGCCGUGAUGGUUCUGUAGACUUCUACAGGAACUGGACGCAAUAUGAAAACGGCUUUGGUGACAUCACCGGGGAGUUCUGGCUGGGCAAGACUUCGUUUUAAUAUUAUCUCUG